CCGCCAACCAAACUUCCUCCACUCCUCUUCAACUUCGUAGAACAACCAAAGAACAAUCCAAUAAACGCGUCUGUCUUCUAUUGACACCAUCUCCAGCUCCCGAUGUCCGCUGAAGAAAAACUCGCAACUGCCAAAGGCUACAAGGAUAAAGCCGAUCAAGCCUUUAAAUCUGGCGAUCUCAAAGCUGCUCUAGGCUCCUAUCAUAUGGCUCUAACGUAUCUCAAUGGACUUGACAAGAGUGCUCUCAAAUCAAUCUCGAUGGUAUCGCCACAAGCAACUCAAAGAGCUGAAGGAGAUGCAUUGAAGGAAAAGACAGAGGUAGACGAAGUUCUUGAAAAGGUCUACGCUAACAUGUCGGCCUGUCAUAUCAAGAAAGGGAAUUGGAAACGAGCUCAAGAGACUGCGGACCAGGCUCUCUCCAAAAACGACCAGAACUUCAAGGCCAUGUUUAGGAAAGGUAAAGCACUUGGCGAGCAAGGUUACUUGGAAAAAUGCGAAAAAGUAUUCGUCGAUCUGAAGAGCAAGAAUCCCGAUGACGCUCAAAUAGUAGAUGCUGAACUUGCUCGUUUCCGUGCUAUCGACAAAGAGAAGGACAGAAUCAACAAGCAGAAACUGAAAGGUUUCUUGAACAAGGCAGCUGUGAAUGAGAAGAAAAAUACUGCAACAGAGGAUGCGUAACUCAUCCAGUCUACUACGCAUAGUUACUCGCUCCCGUAUAGUUGCUUGUAUAAUAUCGACCUUGGUAAUAAUGACGUUUUUGU